AUGAAAUUUAAAAACCUCAUAUUUCUCUUCAUCUUCUUCAUCACACCCAUUUCUUCUUCUUCAUCAAAUUUCACUCUUUUUGGCACAGCCCAUAUCAACAAAACCACCAUCUCCCUGACCCAAAACCCGAACCCAAACUGCAACUCAAACCCACCGUUAAACACAGGCAGGAUCUUCUCCAAGAACCCGGUUCGGGUUCUUGAUUCCGGUUUCAACUCAACCACCACCCUUUCUUUCUCCACACAUUUUUCUUUCACCAUUAUCCCACAUUGUCUCCCUGGUGAAGGACUUGCAUUCGUUAUAACGUCGGAUUCGGUUUCUUUACCUUACUCUGUUAACUGUAUUGGGUUACCAAAAGAUUUGAACCCGAAUUCGAAUUCACUUGAUGAGUUUAGUACUUCUAAUUCUUAUGGGUUUUUCGCGGUUGAGUUUGAUACUAGUUAUGAUCAGAAUUUUGGUGAUAUUAAUGAUAAUCAUGUUGGGAUUGAUUUAGAUUCGAUAUUUUCGAUUGCUUCUGUUGAUUUGGUUACUAAUGGAGUUGAUUUGAGAAAUGGCGGGAAAGUUAUUAAUUCUUGGAUUGAAUAUAAUAGUUCAAAAAAAGUUGUUCAAGUUUGGGUUGGGUAUGACAGAGUUAGGCCCGUUAGCCCGAUUCUUGUGGCGCCCGUUGAUCUUUCGAAGAAAUUUAAUGGCUUUAUGUAUGUUGGGUUUUCGGGUUCUAGUGGGAAAGGGUCGGAUAGUUAUAUGAUUAAUAGUUGGGAGUUUAAGAUGUUUGGGUCAGAAUCCGGGUUUCAGAAUUUUGAUGUUGAAGCUGUUGGGUUGAAUGAUUGUUUGAUUUGUUUUCCUGAGGGUUUAGUUCAAGAAAAUGGGCCCGCACCCAAAACGGGUCAGGGUUUAAGAAGUGAUCACCAUUCUGGUAAAAAGGUUCUUAGUUUGGUUCUUAAAUUGUUGGUCUAUAAUCUGGGUCUGCUUCUUGUGAUUGGGGUUGGUGUAGUGAUCUUUUUUGUUUUAAGAAAAGCCCGGAACCGUGGUCAAAAUGGGCCAGAAGAAGCCCCAGCCCGAAUGCCUACAUAUCAUGAGGACACAAACACAAUGCCCAAAAGAUUCAAAUUUUCAGAAAUUAGAUCAGCAACAAAAGGGUUCAAUCGGAAUCUGAUCAUAGGUGAAGGGGUGUCAGCGAUCGUGUACAAAACUGAUAUAAAUAUCGCUGUGAAAAGGUUUAAAACGGGCUCAUAUGGUAGCCAAUUUGCUAGUGAGUUUGUAACAAUCGUGGGUUCAUUACGACACAAGAAUCUAAUGAAGCUUCAAGGAUGGUGUUGUGAAAAAAACGAGUUAAUCCUUGUUUAUGAGUACAUGCCAAAUGGGUCACUUGUCAAAAUGCUUCACAACCCUGAGAAUGAUUUGAGUUUCAAGUCACGGUUAAACAUUCUACUAGGCGUUUCUUCUGCUCUCGUGUACUUACAUGAAGAAUGUGAACGGCCCAUCAUUCAUAGAAACGUAAAAAGUUGUAACAUAAUGUUGGAUUCGAACUACAUGCCAAAAUUAGGGGAUUUUGGCAUGGCUGAGCUAUAUGAACAUGGUUCACGUACACAUGAUUUAACUGUGUCUGCGCGUUGUAUGGGGUACUUAGCACCUGAGUAUGUGUAUUCGGGUGUUCCAACUGUGAAAACUGAUGUAUACAGCUUUGGAGUGGUGGUGUUGGAGGUGGCAUCUGGGCGACCUGCUGUGGAUAAAUACGGUGCCGUGGUAACAGACUGGGUGUGGGACUUAUGGGAGGAAAAAAAAUUGGUGGCUGCAGCUGAUGGCAAUUUGAUGGGCAGGUUUAACAGGGUUGAAAUGGAAAAGGUGUUAAGUGUAGGCUUGAUUUGUGUUCAUCCAAAUUAUCGAAUGAGGCCGACUAUGAAAGAUGUCAUGAAGAUGUUGAAAGGUGAAAUGGCAGUCAAGUUGCCGGCUGUUAAACCGACAGUGAUGAUUCAGUCAGUUACAACAGAAAGAUCUCCGGAAAUGGUGCUGAGGAGUGGCGGGGAUGAUAGCAUAACCAUAUGGGGGACUCCAGCAUCUCAUUUUAGCAAGUAG